UUUUUUAACUAGCAGUAGUUUUCCAGGAGAGGAGUCACAGGUCAAAUUCUCCCUCCUCCUCCUCCUCCUCCUCCUCCUCCCUGUGCAGGGAUGGACGGAGUGGCUGGAGGUGUGGGUACCCCCAGCAGCGUUGUGGGCUCUGGAGCUGACAGCCUCCCCAGGAGAAAUGGAGGAGACUCAAAGCUACGCAGUAAGGUGGGUCUGCCCUCUCCGGGGUACAGACUGUCCCAGGCCUCUUUGGAAGGAGAAAAGGUCUCCUUUGGGGCAGACAGCACCUCCUCAGGUGGAGGCCGCCGCCGCCUUUCCAUUAUGAGCUCCUCCACCAGGGAAAGCCUUCCCUUUCGCUCAGUGGGCACCCCAACCACCCCUGUGCCCUUGCCCCCUCCGCUGCCCUCCUCCUCCUCCACCACCACUGCGUAUCCUCUGCCCCGCUCUGUGGGCUUCGCCAACACCCGGCCCACCCUUACAUCCACCUCCUCCACCGGGACCGGAGUGAUGGUGGUAGCUACCGGUGCAGAGACAACCACCACCACCACCUGCAACACCACUGCAGCAGGAACCCCUGAGAUGGGGGGUCAAUCUGGACUGGGCGGGUUUGGGAUGGGGCUGGACGGGGAGGACUACAGCAACUCCAACCAGAGCACCUUCAUCCAGAGACAGUUUGGAGCCAUGCUUCAGCCAGGGGUCAACAAGUUCAGUCUACGUAUGUUUGGAUCCCACAAAGCCGUGGCCAUGGAGCAGGAGAGGCUGAAGUCAGCGGGGGCGUGGAUCAUCCACCCCUACAGCGACUUCAGAUUCUACUGGGACCUGUUGAUGUUGCUGUUGAUGAUGGGGAACUUAAUCAUACUGCCUGUGGGCAUCACGUUCUUUAGAGAUGAAAACACGCCAUCAUGGAUCAUCUUCAACGUAGUGUCUGACACUCUCUUCAUGGUCGACUUGGUUCUCAACUUCAGGACAGGCAUUGUAAAGGAGGACAGCACUGAGAUAUUGCUCGAUCCCAGGGCAAUCCGCCAGAACUACUUGAAGAGCUGGUUUCUAGUGGACUUUGUAUCAUCUAUACCAGUGGACUACAUCUUUCUGAUGGUGGACAGUCUGGACUCAGAGGUUUACAGGACAGCCAGGGCGCUCCGCAUCGUGCGCUUCACUAAAAUUCUGAGCUUGCUUCGGCUCCUCCGCCUGUCUAGGCUCAUUCGUUACAUCCACCAGUGGGAGGAGAUAUUCCACAUGACCUAUGACCUUGCCAGUGCCAUGGUGCGGAUUGUUAACCUCAUUGGUAUGAUGCUGCUGUUAUGCCAUUGGGAUGGCUGUCUCCAGUUCCUGGUCCCUAUGCUGCAGGACUUCCCUCCUGACUGCUGGGUUUCCAAGAACCUUAUGGUGAAUGAUACGUGGGGAGUACAGUACUCCUAUGCCUUGUUCAAGGCCAUGAGUCACAUGUUGUGUAUUGGUUACGGUGCCCAGGCUCCAGAGGGCAUGACUGAUGUGUGGCUCACCAUGCUCAGCAUGAUUGUAGGCGCUACCUGCUAUGCAAUGUUCAUAGGCCACGCCACUGCACUUAUCCAGUCACUGGACUCCUCACGAAGACAGUAUCAGGAAAAGUACAAGCAAGUGGAGCAAUACAUGUCAUUCCACAAGCUGCCUGCAGAUGUCCGGCAAAAGAUCCAUGAGUACUAUGAACACCGCUUCCAGGGGAAAAUGUUUGACGAAGAGAACAUACUGGGAGAACUCAGUGAGCCACUUAAAGAGGAGAUUGUCAGCUUUAACUGCCGUAGCCUGGUGGCUAACAUGCCACUGUUUGCCAAUGCUGAUCCUAACUUUGUGACCGCCGUACUGACCAAACUCCGUUUUGAAGUGUUUCAACCAGCGGACUUCAUCAUACGUGAGGGUACAGUGGGACGUAAAAUGUACUUCAUCCAGCACGGACGGGUCAGUGUGCUUACCCGCGGCAACAAGGAAACCAAACUGAGUGAUGGGUCUUACUUUGGAGAAAUUUGUUUGUUGACCCGUGGACGGAGAACAGCGAGUGUCCGAGCAGAUACGUACUGUCGUCUGUAUUCCCUGAGUGUGGACAGCUUUAAUGAGGUGCUGGAAGAGCACCCUAUGAUGAGGCGUGCCUUCGAAACCGUUGCCGUCGACCGAUUGGACCGUAUCGGUAGGAAGAACUCCAUGCUUCUGCGGAAAUCGUCCCAGGGCGGUUCUUUGGGGGGUAGUAUGAGCCGUGGAGGAGGCCGUGGUGGGGGAGGUCCAGGGGCAGCAGGAGGCCUGGCAGCUGGAAAUCUCGGAUCCUGUGACAACAUCCUGGUGCAGCAGAUUGUCAAACAUGACAGCAUGCCAGCCAUGCAAGAUGCUAUUGCUGCAGCAGCCGCAGGGAGAAGCGGAGUCAUUGGAGGGAGCGGCACUGUGUCGCCGAGACCACGUCCUGUGAUCUGGGCGCCACUGGUCCAUGCCCCCCUGCAGACUGCAGCUGCAACCAGCAAUGUUGCCAUUGCCCUCAUGCACCAGCAGCAGCAACAACAACAGCAACUUCAGCAGUUUCAGCAACAGCAUGCACUUGGUGGAGCCAUAUUCCUGCCUUCCCCUCUUAUCUCUCCCUCUCCUUCCUCCUCUUUCCCACUGUCUCCUCCACGUGCUCCUGUCUUACAGCCACUACGCCCCUCCGUGAGCUCCCUGAUUGGGAUGAUGGCGAUGGGAGGGAUGGGUGGGAUAUCACCAAGAGGAUUUCCUGUUUCACCAUCUACCAUGGGCCCCCCUGGAGGGAUGACAUCCCCGCCUGUUACUAAAACUCCACCGACUCCAGUGUCUUCAGUCCCAAAUUCUGUCCAACAAGGAAGGGCCCUUCAUUACAGCCUCCGCCUGCAGGCAGAUCAUCCGUCAGUUACGGGAGCAUCACUUGGAACCCCCACAGGGGGAGUGCCUACAACUUCCCCCCUUCACAAGGUACAAACAUCCAACCACCCUGCUGCCUCUGGUCCCCGCUCAGAUGCCAACAGUUCUGUGAUAAGCCAACAGGGGGCUAAAGAAGCCUUGUUACGUCAUGGAGGAAAUAGCACACAAGGUCUGCCCGCACUGGGCAGACUCACCCAGGAGGCCAGGCUUCUGUCUGCUUCACAGCCCACGUUGCCCCAUCGCUCGUGUUUUGGGGUGCAGCCUCAUCCUCCUCUCCACCGCAAGGCCUCUGGGGGUAAUUUGCUUUCAGCUCCUUUCCUGGCAGGGCAGUUAGCCAGGGGAGGCAGUGCAGGCAUCUUGACCUCUAAUGCUCCAGUACAGCUGAUAACAAAUUUAGCUUUUAAUACACAAGCACAAGCCUCACCUCCUCUUCAGCCCAACAUCGCACAUGUUCUCUCUGCAAAUCCGACCACUCCCCACACCGGGUCAUUAUCCACAGCUACACACAUGCCUUUGACAGUUUCUCUGCCAUCUUCGUCCUCCUCUUCUAAGCAGACCUCCUCUGCCACUCCUUCACCUACACCUCCUACCCCUUCUUCCCCCACCCUCAUACACUCCCAGACAACUCGCCCAAAACCAGCUCAAAUGCCUCUUUCUCGCUCAUCCUCUCCUCCUCCCUGCUCCACCCCUAUAUCAACAGGAACAAGUCCAAUGUCACUCUCAUCGACUCCCCGUCCCAAACCAAUUCCUGCAUCUUCCUCCCGCUCUUCAUCACCCUCUCCUUCUUCAACACCCCCUCCAUCCUCUGCUUCUAACACUGUUCCAUCACCUCAAACUGUUGCACACAAAUCAUCUGUGGCUUUCUCUCCACCCUCCUCCUUUACUGCCACUUCCCCAUCACGACCCCAAAGUCCCCGAGCCAAAGCAUCUAACACUCCAGCAUUUGCUUCCCCAAUCCCAUCUCCACUACCUACUCAUACUAACCGCACGCGUUCCUCUGCCACCUCUCAAACUCCUACCCAAUCCCUAGUACCUGUUAUCUCACAACCCCAGACAUCGGCCCAGACCUUCACCCCCACUCUUUCUCCUUCCUCCAUCUCUGCUACAUCUGUCCCCUCGCUCAGUAAAUCCCAUAGCCAAAUCCAGGCCUCUGUCUCAAACUCAGACAAGGGCCCCACCUUGAGCCAAAUUCCAAAACAGGCCUCAUCUCUGUCGCCAAGCCAAACUUCUCAAACACCAAUAAGCUCUAGCUCCCCCACCAAAGUCACUUUCUCAGUUCAUCCUGUAAAGCAAACUGCUCCUGUUAUUAGCCCAUGUUCCACUUCAGGGUCAGGUGAUGCCACCAAACUGUCCCCAACAGCAACUUCUGCCACAACAAUUACACCCCAACAUCCAAGCUCUGCUAAGCCUUCCUCUCCUACCACCUCCUCCAAAACCACAUCUGGUGUUUCCUCAACCUCUGCUCAAACCCCAAAACAAACCCCAACAUCCACAGCUGCCCCAGUCCACUCUUCAAAACUCAAUAUUCCUCCUGCCCCCACCCAGACCACAAAUGCAUCAAAUGCUACACCCACACAGUCAACACCUGCAUCUUCCUCUGCCAACACCAACUCCCCUAAAGGGGGGAAAAUGGACCCUCAGCUCUCACUGCCCAGAAAUGACACAGAAGAACUAAGACACAAACUACCUGCCAACAUGUAAGAAUAGUGGUAAAGCAAAUGUCAAGGGACAGUCGACUGAUUACAAGAGUUAUAGGAAUAUAGAUUUGUUGGCACAGAUGCUGGUCAGCUUCUGCAGUGCAAGGAUGUGUUAGAUUUUUUUGACGUUUACUCUAGGAUGUGAUUGUCUUAGAACAUCAGGUGAUAAUGUGACACAACCAAGCCAUCGACCAAGAGAAGCUGAAAGACUUUAUCUGUUGAGUUGAGCGGUUUAGGGUAGAGUCCAAGUAAAAAUAUAUACAGUGUAUACAUACAUAUCCAUGUCAUUGUGAUUGUUGAAGCAAGUAUGGGAGCUAAAGUGGAAAUACAUCAAAGUCUUGAAU